AUGGCGUUCAAGAACCUCGUCAUCCUCGCUGUCUUGAUGUCAAUGAUGAUAGGCUCGGCUAUGCCCAUCUCAUACCCCACCACAAGAUUAUUAUCGAUCAGAGGCACGGAACAAGCGUCGAGCCUGUCGAAUGGAGCAGAGCAAGCUGCCACUGCAAGCUCGGGAGGGCAAACGAAAACGGACGACUCGAGCAUGGAGAUGCCGAAGACUCAGCCUGAGCCGCCCAAGACAACUCCCUUGGAUGACAGAGCACCCACGGAGAGUGACGAGUCUCUUCAUAACGCGGCUAGCAAGACUCAGAAGCCCGAGAGCCCUGCUGGUUCCUCCCUCUCCUCCAGCAACAAUACAUCGACUGUCCAAGAAGCGUUCAAGCCGAGCAAGGCUAAUCUGCUCGAGGCUGAUCUCAAUGGUUCACAUCUUUCACUGAUCUAUAGCCUACCAACACGGCGGCCUCUUACCUCCAAUCAAUCAAACUUCAACUCGUCGCCUAUUGGUCUGCAAUUUGCUUCUUUUCCUUAA